AAUCUUAGCGCGGAUCCCUCGGGAGUAGCCAGGAGCGAGAGCUCCUUCGUGCCAUUAACGACUUCAAGGCGGGAGCAGGCGAUUCCCCGCGCUUCUGUAAACAGAGAAGUUGGUUGCAAAGACAACAGCUGGAGCAAUGACUCGAUGGGGCCUCGCCUUACGGAGCUGCUUCCAGCCCCUGCUAAAACCAAUCUUCGCCGUAGUAGCACUACUUGUGCUCACUCAUGUGGGAAUAACCAAUGCCCAGUCAAAGCGAGCAAAGUAUGCCGAACAGGACUUUCUAUCCCAAGUGGGUCAUUCCGUGAGCGAGACAAUGGAGGAUUUGAUUGGACGAGAGAACUUUAGAAUAUUGAAUAAGAAUAUCUCUUCCCUGGUCUGGAUGCUGUCCUCUGGGAUCUCUUCAGCAUUAUUUGUUGUGGCUCAAAUUACAGGGCAGCUCCUUACUUCCUUUGGAAUAGCUGGGGAGCGUGCAACUCAGUUCCUGAAGCUAAACCCUGAACAGGUGCAGACAGCGCUGCUCUGGGGCCUGGCUGCUCUGCUUGGUUAUUGGGUGUUGUCGUUUCUGUUGAGUGUGUUGGUCGCCAUCUUGAGCCGCAUCAUGUGGGGCCUCAAGUUUGUCGUCUUUGGGGCCUGCUUUACGUUUAUUGUCACCUCAGUGCCUGAUAGUUCUGUGCAAACUAUGCUUCUGUCAGGGUUACUUACGCUGUAUGUCCUGCUUGGUUGGCUGUGUGGUUUGAACCACUCAGGGGCCCGACUAGAAGCCGAAGUGCGCAGCUUGAAGUGUCAAGUGGCAGAGCUGCAGCGCAGGCAGAGGCGCUCUGCCAAGCACCUGGAUGAAGAAUGAAGUUCUGGGAAGUUUAUAAUCUCCAUGUACCUUCAAUAAGAGGCAACUGUUUUCUUCCUUUCUUCACUUACUCCAUGAUUCCCUCCUAGACUAUUGAUGCUCUCUUGUGAGUCUUUCACUCAUAGCUGAGCAAGAACAUGCAAAUACUUAAUGGAACUUCCCUAUAGGAGAUGAAUGAUUCUGGGAUACUAUCUUACCAAUUGUCACUCCAGUGACCUGUUAAAAGCUCUCUCCAUCUCUUGA